AACGUAGCCCUCGCCCCCGCACAUCGGCCCUUGCGAGAGCGGAGACAGGAAACCCCACCGCCGACGGCCGACCGCAACCCCGCGCUCGUGGAAGCCUUCUCUUCUUCCGUUUUCCCAGUAUCCGGCCACAUUCAACGGACCUAUCUCGGCGUCGGUCUCCCCGUUGCGGUCGGAGGCGCGCCAAUCGUUCGAGGUCGAUCCCUAUCUGGCCGUUGCCGUCUAGUCGUCGUGACCCUGCUGGUGGUAGUGGACGUGAAGGAGUAGUGAAGCAUGGUCGCGUUGAUGAGGAUCGUGAUCUCCUGCUGGAAGCCGGAGGUCCGGGAUGGUGGAUCGGUCGGCCGCGACGACCGCCUCCUCUGGUACAAGGAUCUCGGCCGCCACUCCGUCGGGGAGUUUUCCAUGGCGGUGUCGCAGGCGAAUAAUAUUCUGGAAGACGGAAGCCAAAUCGAGUCGGGCCCGCUGAGCUGGAGGGAGGGCACUUGCGGCACGUUCGUCGGGGUCUACGAUGGGCACGGCGGACCGGAGACGUCGCGGUACAUCACGGAGCAUUUAUUUGCUAACCUCAAAAGGUUUGCAUCAGAACAAGAAGGUAUUUCAGUAGAUGUCAUAAGGAAGGCAUUUUCAGCCACAGAAGAGGGUUUUAUCUCUAUUGUAAGAAAGCAGUGGCUCAAUAAGCCUCAGAUUGCCUCUGUUGGUUCAUGUUGUUUGGUCAGUAUCAUAUCUGGUGGUAUGCUUUAUGUGGCAAAUGUUGGAGAUUCACGUGCGGUACUAGGAAGAAUCGAGCGAGGUAUUAGAGAGGUUACAGCAGUACAAAUGUCUGCAGAGCACAAUGCGAGUUUUGAAUCUGUGAGGGAGGAAUUGCAUUCAUUGCAUCCCAAUGAUCCCCAGAUAGUUGUUUUGAAGCACAAAGUUUGGCGUGUGAAAGGCCUUAUACAGGUUUCAAGAUCUAUCGGAGAUGCAUAUCUAAAAGAUGCAGAGUUUAACUGUGAGCCUUUAAUCUCCAGAUUCCGUCUUUCUGAGCCCUUCCACAAACCGAUCCUUAGUCCUGAACCAUCAAUAAUAACGCAUAAACUUUCUCCUGAAGAUCAAUUUUUGAUUUUCGCAUCAGAUGGUCUAUGGGAGCAUCUGAGUAAUCAAGAGGCUGCGAAUAUGAUUCACAACUCGCCACGGAAUGGCAUUGCAAGAAAACUUGUCAAAACCGCUCUGCAAGUGGCAGCAAAGAAACGAGAGAUGAGUUACCAGGACCUGACCAAGAUUGAUCGUGGAGUCAGGAGACAUUUUCAUGAUGAUAUCAGUGUUAUAGUCUUAUUUCUCGAUCCUAAUCUGAUAAGCCAAAACUUCCAUCAUGGUCCUGUGCUUUCACUGAAAGGAGCUGGUGUUCCUGUCUAAGCAAACAUUAGUGGAGCGGUUCCAGAUGCUUCAUCCUGGGCCUCCUUAGAACUGAUUCAAAAAUUUCCCUCACUCUACUAGCACGAAUCUGUUUUCAGGUCGUCACA